GUCAAAAUCGUGACCUGUCAGUUGUCAUUGUCAAACUACAUACAGCGUCCGCAUUUAUUUAAUUUUUUCUAGAAAUUCGUAUAUAUUGUUUUGUGUGUGGUUUUAUUACUCGAAAUUGGUGAAAUCCCCGAUAGAUAAUCCGUGGAAGGCGUAUGCCAUAAUAUAAAAGAAGAAAAAGCAUUUUAUUUAAAUUUUAACAAAAUAACAACAAUGUCAGAAAAAGAUAAAUCUAAGGCAAACACGCAAACAAAACACAUACCAAAAGAUGCGCAAGUGAUAAUGUCGAUCAUGAAGGAAGUUGGUGUGACGGAUUACGAGCCACGAGUAGUGAACCAGCUUCUUGAAUUUACCUACCGCUACGUGACUUCAGUAUUGGACGACGCGAGGGUGUUCGCCAACCACGCGAAGAAGAAGACGAUAGACCUUGACGACGUGCGGUUAUCAGUGCAGAUGCAGUUGGAUAAGUCAUUUACGAACCCGCCGCCGCGCGAGGUGUUGUUAGAAGUAGCAAGGGUCAAGAAUGUUAAUCCACUGCCGUUAAUUAAACCCCACUGUGGCUUAAGGCUGCCUCCUGAUCGUUACUGCCUCUCCGCCUGCAACUAUCGCCUAAAGCCAGCCACAAAGAAAGCUAUAGCUAAGACAACAAUCACCCCCACUCCUACUAUAAAGACAAUGCCUACACCCAAGCCGCCUCCAAGCCAGCAGAAUGUAGUGGUGAAGAGACCGCCUGGAGCCAUUGUCAAUGUAUCUGCAGGGAAACCUAAUAUUAUACCCAAACCUGUGUUGAAAUUUUCUUCUGGGAGUAAGGUAGUGAAACCAGCCGUGAGGGUCACAGCGGGACCUUCAGCACAAGCACCAAUCAAAAUGGAAACCGAUGACACCAUGCCACAGAAACGGAAGCGUGAAGAUGAUGAUUACGAUGUCUAGUAUAAGCAACACUUCUAAAUGUAAGAUAAUGUUUUAAUGUAACACAAUUUUAAGGAAUAUAAUAUAGUCUUUUAUAAUC